UAUUUCUUCGCGGUGGAUGUUGUCGCGACUUAAAUGGAUGAUUUCAUAUUGCGUUCUUAAGAAAAGUGGGGUCGUUUUAUUUGAAGUUGGGCGUAAGAAAUCUGUCGGAGGUGAGCCGAAGCUUGCAUGUGAAAACGGGUUGAACGCACCGCUCAUAACGAAUGAUGCCAGAGAAAAAAGUGCUCGUCAUACGAGUUUUGAUGGAGAACUUCGAAAUUUUCGUAUGAUUAUACUUACGGAUGAAAAGUAG